GGAGGGGCCCGUGUCCCCAUCGCCGACUCCACGCGUCGCCGGGCCCCCAGGCCUCUGAGGCCGCACUUCCCGCUCGCAUGGGGGACAAGAAACUGGUGGUGGUGUUUGGAGCCACAGGUGCUCAGGGAGGCUCCGUGGCCCGGACGCUGCUGGAAGAUGGGACAUUCAGGGUUCGAGUGGUGACGCGGGACCCUAGGCAGAAGGCGGCAAAGGAGCUGAGGCUGCAGGGUGCAGAGGUGGUACAGGGAGACCAGGAUGACGCAGCCAGCAUGGAGCUGGCCCUGACUGGGGCCCACGCUGCCUUCAUUGUGACCAACUACUGGGAAAACUGCAGCCAGGAGCAGGAGGUCAAGCAGGGGAAGCUGCUGGCUGAUCUGGCCAAGCGCCUGGGCCUUCACUACGUGGUCUACAGCGGCCUGGAGAACAUCAAGAGGCUGACGGCCGGGAGACUGGCAGCAGGCCACUUUGAUGGCAAGGGGGAAGUGGAGGAAUAUUUCCGGGACAUCGGAGUCCCUAUGACCAGUGUACGGCUGUCUUGCUAUUUUGAGAACCUCCUCUCCUACUUCCUGCCCCAGAAAACCCCUGAUGGAAAGAGCUACUUGCUGAGCUUGCCCAUGGGUGAUGUGCCCAUGGAUGGCAUUUCUGUGACCGACCUGGGUCCCGUGGUGCUCAGCCUGCUGAAGAAGCCGGAAGAGUACAUUGGCCGGAACAUUGGGCUCAGUACGUGCAAGCACACAGCCGCAGAAUACGCCGCCCUGCUCUCCAAGCACACUGGGAAGGCCGUGCGUGAUGCCAAGGUGACCCCGGAGGACUAUGAGAAGUAUGGAUUCCUUGGUGCCCGGGACCUGGCCAACAUGUUCCGUUUCUAUGCUCUGAAACCUGACCGUGACAUUGAACUGACCCUGAGGCUCAACCCCAAGGCCAGGACGCUGGACCAGUGGCUGGAGCAGCACAAAGGAGACUUUGCUGGGCUCUGACCCUGCCACCUCUCAGCCCCGUCUCAGGGAAUGGGGAGGUGCAGUCACAGUGACCCGUUCUUGUGUUACAUAAAAAAUUAUUUUUUGAAUAAAGGCCAUUGUUCUCACA